AUGUACGGCGGCGACUCUACAGCUCCUCCUUUGGAUCCUUACACGGACGAAUACAACGCGCCGCCCGCGGAUCCUCCCGCGUCGGACAGGGACCGCGACGCGCCCCGCCGCUCCAGAUCGCGCAGCCCAGGGCGUCGCAGCCCUGGCUACCGAAGCCCUUACAGUCGCCGCUCACCUCCUCCGAAGAGACCUACCCAUGCGCCCCACGCGCCUCCUCCGAGCAGCGUCCUCGGUGUCUUUGGCCUCAGCAUCCGCACCCAGGAGCGCGAUCUUGACGACGAGUUCAGUCGCUUUGGCCAGGUGGAAAAGGUUACCAUCGUCUACGAUCAACGAUCUGGCCGCUCGCGCGGUUUCGGUUUCAUCAAGAUGGCCACCGUCGAAGAUGCUACCAAAGCUAUUGAAAACCUCAACGGCGUCGACCUCAAUGGCCGUCGUAUCCGCGUGGACUACUCGGUGACCGAGCGUCCUCACGCUCCUACCCCCGGCGAAUACAUGGGCCAUCGCCGCCGUCGUGAUGGAUACGGCGGUCGCGAUUCGUACCGCGACCGUGAUUAUCGUGACAACGACCGCGAGCGGUAUGGUCGUGACAGGGACCAUGACCGCGACGACCGUGACCGUCGCGACCGGGACCCGUACGGGCGUGACGACCGUGACUGGCGGGACCGCCGUGGUUCCCCUCCGCCUCGUCGCGGGUACUCGCCGGAGUAUAGGAGGCGCCGGAGCUACUCCAGGAGCCCCCCUCGAGGUGGGGCAUCCAGCCCUCGUGGCCGUGACUACGAGGCACCCGCGAACGGCGAUUCUAGGUGCAGAAAGUCGUCUCCUGUACCGGGUCGCAUCGCCCGUGCUAGUGUCAAUUCUUGCAAGGUCAAGGACAGAAGCAUGAAUACGAACAACGUAGAAUACCGACCCCCUGAUAUCGUCGUCUGUGACGAGAAAGCGGCAAAUAUGUCAGGGAUCGCCACGUUCCCGUUGUGGGUUGCGAAGAUCUGA